GAGCCCCCGAGUAAUACACCCCUGUUGAGCAUUGUGGAGAGGGGAGGUGGAAUAUACGGAGUACGGUGGUAGCCGUCUUGUGACAGUCAGUCACUCGUCUUGGCAAAGGGACAUUAGUUAGUCUGACCUGGAUUGAUCGAGUGAAGGAGGAGGAAUGAUAGUUAUGUUCCCAAUUAUGCUAGUAUGGCGCUUUGGCAGCAUCCUGCCUGUCCGCUUUGUUUUGAUCUCUGCAUGCAGCUUGACGAAAGUCAAUGUAGUCUCAGACCGCAUGAGGGCGGACGGCUCCGAGCCGUAAGCUCAUCGUGUUGACUCGAUGUGUAAACAUGGCAAAGCGGUGAAAUAAGCAGCAGCAACACCCCCGGCCGGCCCCGCUGUCAUGGAGGUGGGCAGCCUCCCAGUGGAGCUGUGGAGGGUUAUUUUAGCCUACCUCCCUCUCGCUGACCUGGGCCGCUGCUGCCAGGUGUGUCGCGCCUGGAGGGAGCUGGUCCUCUCUCUGGAUAACACCCGAUGGAGGCAGCUGUGCCUCUGCUGCCCCGAGUUCCGACACCCCAACUGGCCCAGCAAGCCUCACCUUGAGCCCCCGUCGUGGAGGGAAGCCCUGAAGCAACACGCCCUGGCUACCCGCACCUGGACUCAAAAUGAACCCGAGCACCAAUCCACUGCCUGCCUCCUUUUAUUCAGGCGCCGGAAAGACCGCAAGGUUUGGCAUGUGGGGCCCGGGUUUGAGUUUGAGACCUUGCGAGGAGCUCUUGGGGUGGCUGGGCCUUAUGACCGAUUGGUUCUCCAUCCGGGAGUGUAUGAAGAGCAGGCUGAGGUGGCCCUCAAGGUGCCUGUGGAGAUGGUUGGGCUUGGGACAUUGGGCCAGGUGACCCUCUUGGUGUGCAUGGAGCAGCAGUGCCCUACUGCCAGGUUUUGUAAUCUGGUUUUCAUGCCACCCUGGUUCUCCACAGUGGUCUACAAGACAUCAUGGGGUCAUGUCCAACUGGAUAACUGCAACUUUGAGGGGGCUCAGCUGCAAGUCCGCGGGCCCGGGACUUGCCAGGCACGCUUUUGCUCCUUCUCGAAGGGCAGCUCUGUACAUUUGCUCAGUGUUGCCUUCAGUUUACUGGACAGCUGUGACUUCUCCGGGAGCGAUACUGCUUCCGUAACCGUGGAAGGUUCACCCGUGUCUGAAAAGAACUGGGCUUGUAAAUAUAUGGCUGCCCUGGCCAGGAAUUUGUCAUCGUGUGGGAACAAUAAUAGCAGCCCCUACAGAGGGAUUCCCACUGGCAGACCCAGUUCUGAUGCUACUGUUAAAAAGGAGCACGCAGUUUGGGAGGACUGGAAGCGGGAAAAUGGACCCGAAGCAGAUGAUCAGGGCACAGUGAUUGAAGAUGGCUGGAGUGAUGGUGAGGAUGGUGAGAACAAAGAGGCAGGAAUGACCAAAAACAAAUUUCCACCAGAAUAUAAAAUCCCAUGUGACAACCAUGGACUGGCCUACUUACUGCAGCCCCGUGCAGAUGGCUCUUUGCCCUCCGCCUCCUCCCCAAAUCCCCCACGCACGACGCCGGAACCACUCACCCUUCAGCAGGAACUAGAAAGAGACCCAGAUGCUCAGAUGUUUGCGUCGUCCACUCUGGGCUGUCUCGUCCGGCGUUGUCUCUUCAGGGACGGGAAGGGAGGUGUCCAUAUGUCGAAUUACGGACAAGCUCGACUGGAGGGCAACGUUUUCCGCUGUCUGAACUACGCCGUCAGAUGCAUCCAGAACUCCAUAAUAGUGAUGCUGCAAAACGAAGUGUGCGAGUGCAGAGCAUCAGGCGUGUUUAUGCGGCUGUCGGCUCAGGGCCUCAUCGCCGAAAAUGACAUCCACUCAAACGGGGAGGCGGGGUUGGACAUCAGGAAAGGAGCAAACCCCAUCAUUGUGUGUAACAGAAUACACAGUGGCUUCCGCUCAGGGGUUGUUGUGCUUGGCAAUGGAAAGGGCUCACUUCGGAGCAACCAAAUCUAUAACAACAAAGAAGCAGGCGUGUAUAUACUCUUCAGUGGGAACCCUGUCGUCUGUGGGAACCACAUCUUCCAAGGGCAGGCAGCAGGGAUUGCUGUAAAUGAGAAUGGCAGAGGGAUGGUAACGGAGAAUGUCAUCAAGGAAAAUCGGUGGGGAGGUGUGGACAUCCGCAGAGGGGGUGACCCAAUCCUGAGGAAUAACUUCAUCUGUCAUGGAUACUCUGAUGGCAUUGUGGUGGGAGAGCGUGGCCGGGGACUCAUUGAAGGAAAUCAUGUCUACUGCAACAAAAGUUGCGGUGUGUGGGUUAUGUCAUCCAGCCUCCCCCAGCUCCUCGGAAACUACAUCACCCAUAACUGGCUGUACGGCGUGGCCGUGUUCUGCAGGAAGGACCCAGAGAACAUCGAAGCCAGGGAGGGGAACUGGCUAGCGCCCGACGACAGCGGUGAUAGGAGGGGCGUGGUGGAAGAAGAUGGGAGGGAAGAGCAAGAAAACUUACAUGAGGAGGGAGAACUCUUUGCAUGGGAGAGCGACCUGGACAGUGAGGAUGAACGCCACGCAGCACGCCGCUCCAUCAGUGUGGCGCUGGUGGAGAGCAAUUGCGUGAGCUUCAAUGGAGCCGUGGGCCUUUUCAUUAAAACCAGCGAGCCACUCAACAUUUAUGCCAACCUCGUCAACCAAAACGAUGGCGAUGGCGUUUCCGUGCUACAGAGCAGUCAUCUGACCCGCCUGGUUGCCAACUGCAUUGUUGCAAAUGGUCGAGCGGGUGUUACCGUGAAGAAAGACUCCCGUGCGGAGCUUCGCAGUAACGGUGUAUAUGAAAACAAAGGCCACGGCAUCAACUUCACCGGGUCCGGACAGAUGGUAGAGAACGACUUGGUUGGAAACUGGAACUACGGGAUCCAAGUGUCUGGGAGUGGUGAUGUCAAGGUGCUGCGCAACCGCAUCCAGCCGACCCUGGAUUCUGGCAUCUCAGUACUGGGACCAGUAAAAGCAGUGGUCACAGAUAACCAGCUGUUCCAAGGCCACCCAUAUGGCAAAAAAAGCCUUUUAUACUUGGACCCUGGCAACGAGAGCUGUGUGUUACGCAACAACAGUAUUUCAAGCCAUAAUAGCAGCUGUACAUCUGUCCCUCCUUGGGUACUGGAAAACCCUCCCCCUCGUCCACCGGCCAGCUCACCUUCGGGCCUCUCCUCCUCCCAGUACCCUUCACGACUGGGAAUCUCCAUGACGAAUAGGAUAAGCGCCACGGUGGAGAGCGGUUGCCACAGUGGCAGCAUGUUCUGCUCUAUCCUGUGAAAAAAACUUAGAAGUAUAAGAUGACUUUGCCAAAAGUGAAAGUAGACACCCUCAUUGCCUUCACCCUUUGGUUUGGAUAUAGCAAAAAAUAAAUAAAUGGUACCGUCCAUUAGAAAAUAUUUUGAAUUGACAAUCUGGUCCACCCAAAGCGGAAGUUUUUAAUCAGACUGGUUGAGUCCAUGCAAAAUUCUUGUCAGUCACAAAUCUAAACAUACAUUAUAUCUAGAAACUAUUCCGUUUUUUACUUUUACUACAUUUUAUGUUAGGGCCUCAUCCCAAUUUUUUUAAUAAUUUCAAAAACAGAAUGUCCAUGUUAGUGGAGACCUAAUGUCAACUGAGUACAAUGGAGUCCGGCUAUUAAAACCAACUAUUACUCAAUAGUUGAGCCAAAUAAGAAAAAUCCAUAAUGUUGAAGAGAAAAAAAUAUUUUUUUGAUGAAAACAAAUCUUUCAAAAAACCCAGAUGAAAAUUAUAAAAGCCUAUGUGUUUUCCACUAAAGGCGAGGGGAAUUUUUUUCAAUUUGACAAAUUGACUUUUCUCACUAAUAUGUAGAGUUAUCAGAAAGCAUCACUGUAUUAAAUCUCACCCUGUGGUUGUACCCUCACGGUCACAGCUGCUUGAACAUGAUAUGUAACGCACAAUUGACAGUUAUCCAGGUGGUAAGGUCUUGUUUGGUCAUGUUUCAAACAUGGAAUAUUUUCAAUUAUUUAUUCUCGUUGUUUACCGCUUUGUUUUUUGUUAAGUUGUUCAUGCGUUCGUUGUGUACUCACCUUCAUAAAGGUUCUGGGAGCCUGGAUACUCUGUUGUCUGGAUGAAGUCUCUGAAUUUUUAUAUUCAAAAUCAUGCUGAAGGUCCAGUUAAAAUGUUCUUUUUUUCCCAUGCAAAUAAAUUCUUUAACUUGUACUGUUCUGUCAGUGUUGACAAUAAGGUAAAGCUGAGCCUUGUUUGAUAUUGUAAAGUAAUGGUAGCUAGAGGGUGAGCUUUAUAUGCUGAAAAAGCCAAACUCUUGCUCCCGCCUCUCAUAAUAAAUGUCUGAUAUUCUUGUGAAUCUAUGCUCCAGCAACCAAAUCAAUAAGUUUUUUUUCAUGCGUUUGGAUAUUUAUUCAUUUUUUACCACAGAUGCAGCAGGUGAUAAGAGGGUAGGCGACAUGGAGUGUGCAAUAUAUGAUAUUGACUAAUGUGCCUAUACGUUUUCAAGCUCCAAUAGAUGUACGCUUAUAUAAAUGCAUUUACAUUUGACUUUGUACCCGUCCAAGCGACAACCGUAAAACAUCAUUUGUUUUCAAAUGUUGACUUUAUUUGUUGACUAAUAAACAGUUCUACUCAUCA